AUGUGCGGAAUAUUUUCGUAUGCAAACUUCUCCAUAGAAAAAACCAAGGAUGAAAUAGCUAACAUAAUGAUAAACGGCCUGAAGCGGAUAGAGUACCGGGGAUAUGAUUCUGCCGGGUUCUGCAUUACAGAUAACUCAGAUAAAAACUUUAUCAAGAUCAGAGCUGUAGGCAAAGUCGACACUCUUUAUAAUAUGAAAAAUUCUCAAAAGGAUGUUGAUCUUGCAAGAAAAGUAAGUAACCAUGUUAGCAUUGCACACACAAGAUGGGCCACACAUGGGCAGCCCAGUGUUGAGAACUGCCAUCCACUGAGUAGUGAUAAGAACGACAACUUUCUUGUUGUACAUAACGGGAUCAUUACAAAUUAUAAGGACCUCAAGACAUAUCUUGGGAAAAAAGGAUUUUCAUUUGAGUCCAACACAGAUACAGAAUGUGCAGCAAAGCUUGCACUUCAUUUCUAUAAGGAAAUGGAAAGUAAUGGAGAAAAGCCGGAUUUCGUGUCCAUUGUGAAAAAGGUUGCAAAGAAUUGUGAGGGGGCGUUUGCCUUUGUGUUUGCCUCUCCCUUGUUUCCUAACGAGCUUGUCACUAUCAGGAAGUCGUCUCCUGUUCUCAUAGGUCUUAAGUCAUCAGGAGGAAUGUCUUUUGAUUUCUUAGGAGUUAAUUAUGAGGAUUCGAUGGAUGAAUCCAUUUCUCCCUUGAGCUCUCCACAACUCCCCUCCAUGCCUGAAAGAUAUCGGUUUGACCAAAAUAUCGAAACUAUAACAAGGGGUGUCCAGGACUGCUCUCUACAUGUGCAUAACAAAGAGCCUCUGGAGGUCUUCAUUGCAUCGGAUGCCUCUGCUCUUAUAGAGCACACAAGGAAGGUUAUCUAUCUUGAAGACAACGAUAUAGCUCAUAUAUCCAGCGGCAACAUACUCAUACAUAGGCUACAUUCAAGGGGGAAGGAGACAGGACCUGACACAAGAGAAGUUAAAACGAUUGAGACGGAGCUGGCGUCAAUCAUGAAGGGGAAUUAUGAGCAUUACAUGCUCAAGGAGAUAAACGAGCAAAAGGAGUCCGUGGUUAACACGAUGAGGGGGAGAAUCAACUUCGAAAGCUUCACGGUUAACCUUGGAGGACUCAGAGGCUAUAUCAAUGACAUAAGAAGAUCACAAAGAAUAAUAUUCGUGGCAUGCGGAACCAGCUACCAUGCUAGUCUUGCAAACAGACCAUUGCUUGAAGAGCUUCUCGAGACUCCUGUAAGUGUUGAGAUAGCCAGCGAUUUUCUAGAUCGAAAUCCUCCCAUACUAAGAAGCGACUGUGUAUUUUUCGUAUCCCAAAGUGGAGAAACGGCAGACAGUGUCAUGGUACUAAGAUAUUGUUUGUCCAGAGGAGCCCUUUGUGUAGGUAUAACAAAUACUGUUGGGAGCACCAUCUCAAGAGAAACGACAUGUGGUGUUCAUAUAAACGCAGGCCCUGAGAUAGGUGUGGCGAGUACUAAGGCUUAUACGAGCCAAUAUGUUGCAAUAGUAUUGGUGGCUCUCCAACUGAGUGAGCAAAACCUUGCAAAGCAAGCAAGAAGAAAAGAAAUCAUGGAAGGGCUUGGGAAUUUAAGUGCUCAGAUAAACAAGGUCUUGGAGAUAGGAGACUCCAUAAGAAACUUGGCAAAUGGUUCUAUGAAAGAUGAUACAAAUCUUCUGCUAAUAGGAAGAGGCUAUCAAUAUCCAACAUGCCUGGAGGGCGCACUGAAAAUCAAGGAAAUCACUUACAUCCAUUCCGAAGGGCUUGCUGCAGGAGAACUGAAGCAUGGUCCUAUCGCUCUUGUCGAUGAAAACUUCAAAAUCAUCUUCAUUAUAACAAAGGAUCUAUUAUACGAUAAGGCAAGAAAUGCAAUGGAGCAGAUAUCUGCAAGAGGAGGGAGACCUAUCAUUAUAUGUACUGAAGAUAUCUCUAAGGAUUAUGAAGGCCAUGAUGUCUUCAUUAUUCCAAAGACAGUAGACUGUCUCCAAGGCAUCCUGAGCAUAAUUCCCUUGCAGUUGCUGUCUUAUUAUCUUGCUGUCAUAAGAGGGUACAACCCCGACUUCCCAAGGAACCUUGCAAAAUCAGUGACUGUUGAGUAA